UUCAUGUUUGAUACAAGGCAGCCACCAUCUUCUUUCAUUGACAGAACGAACCUUGUCUUCCCCUUCCUCACAUUAUUAUUCACUUUCUCUCUCCACCUACAUCUCACAGACUCCUUGCUCUUUUCUUCAACUUCUUCCUUCUUCACUUCCCAUUUUCUUCAUCUACUUUACAUCUCAAGAAUCCUAGAAAUCCAAAUCAAAAUCCAAAUCCAAAUCUAUAUCUAAAUCAGUUCAUCUUCAGUCAAAUCAGUGAUGAAAUGAUUUGAAUGGCUCAGUACAGACAACAAUCAGGGUUUCAUAACCAUCUUGAUUACGUUACUACAAGUGGAAAUAGUAUUAUUAGUAAUAAUCAUCAUUAUAGUAACGGCAUUACUGGUACUGGUUCUGGAAUUUCCGAUCAUGUUAGUGUUGGAAUUCGUGCGGCGUCGCAUAAACAAUCGCGUCAUUACCGUAGAUUAGGUCAUUCCAAACGCGGGAUCUCGAUUUGUACUAUUUUCUCUUUCCUUUGUUUUGUUCUUGCUGCUUCCGCUUUUGCUUAUGUCUUCCUUUCUCGAGAUCAUUCUCCAGAGAUAAAUACAAGAGAUACCCAAGAUGAUGCCUUAGAUGAUUUUCUGUCAAAUGUGACAAGGAUUAAACCCAAAGUGAAGUUUGGCCAUGGGUCUGUUGCUCAUGGACGAGAUUCAAGGUAUUGGGAUGGGGAUGAUAGGAGAAGGGAUGAAGAUUACAAUGAGGAUGUGUAUAAAAAUAGGGUAGAUACUGAUGUCGAGUCUGUGAAAAGUCAUGUAUCCAGUAAGGGAAAAUCUCCAACUAAGAAAUUCAAGAGUCAUGUAAUUAAAGGCACAGAUCAUAAUGGUUUAUACAAUGAAGCUGGUCGUAAUGAAUUAAAAAUGUAUGAGGAAAAAUAUGAAGCUUCUUUGAAGAAUGUCGGCCAUGCUGGUGCGGAAACUGAGGAUAGCAAUCAUGUUUCGAAAGAGGGUGAUUCUGAUGUGGAGAAUGAAGAUAUUGAUGUGGAUGAUGAAUAUGAUGAUUCCAUCGAUUCACAUGACGCUCAUCUUGAUGACUAUGAUGGUAAUAGACAUGAAAUUGAUUCUAAAAUGAAACUACCCAAGUCUCACUCUGAUCAUAGUGCAAGUGGUCUCGGUAAAGGCCAUGAUUCCCACGUGGAUUAUGACUCAUUAGAUGAUAGUUCUUCCAAACAGCAGAGUUCUAAGACUAAGCAAGCCAGUUCUGCUGAUGCACGGUCAAAUACUAGCUCCGGAAAGCCUCCUAAAAAACGUAGGAGACGUCGGAAGUUCUCAUCCUCAAGUUGUGAAAUGAAAUUGCUGAAUUCUACCGCACAGCUUGUAGAACCCCUUGAAAGUAGAAAAUUUGCAAGAUUUUCGCUUUCGUAUACAGAAAGAGAGGAGAAACCUGAUGGGGUAGAUAACUGGGAGCCAAGGUUUGCUGGGCAUCAAAGCUUAAGAGAAAGGGAAGACUCGUUUCUUGCUCGUGAUCAAAAGGUUAACUGUGGCUUUAUUAAGGGUCCCAGCGUUUAUUCAAGUACAGGAUUUGACUUGGCUGAGGAUGAUUCCAGAUACAUCAGUAAAUGUCACAUUGCAGUUGUUUCUUGCAUCUUUGGAAAUUCUGAUCGUCUGAGAUCUCCCUUCAUUAAAGCGAUCAGUCGGUUGUCUAGGAAAAAUGUUUGCUUUGUGAUGUUUAUGGAUGAAAAGACCCUGCAAACUCUUACUAUGGAAGGCCAUAUACCCGAUAGAAUGGGUUUCAUUGGUUUGUGGAAGGUUGUUGUGGUGAAAAAUCUUCCUUAUACAGACAUGAGAAGGGUGGGGAAAAUACCAAAACUUCUGUCUCAUCGACUCUUUCCUUCAGCGAGGUAUUCUAUCUGGUUGGAUAGCAAAUUGCGUCUUCAAAGUGACCCUUUGUUGUUAUUGGAGCACUUCUUAUGGAGAAAGGGUCAUGAGUAUGCAAUUUCAAAUCACUAUGAUCGCCAUUGCGUUUGGGAAGAGGUUGAGCGGAAUAAGAAGCUUAAUAAAUACAACCACACCAUGAUCGAUCAGCAAUUCCAAUUUUAUCAGGCUGAUGGGCUGAAGAGAUUCAAUGCCUCCGAUCCUGGAAAGUUGCUUCCGAGCAACGUACCAGAAGGGUCUUUGAUAAUAAGGGCACACACGCCAAUGUCAAAUCUGUUUUCUUGUCUCUGGUUCAAUGAGGUGGAUCGUUUUACCCCUAGGGAUCAGUUGAGCUUUGCAUAUACGUACCAGAAGUUAAAUAAAAAAAAUCCCGGCAAAACAUUUUAUAUCCACAUGUUUAAGGAUUGUGAGAGGAGGCAGAUCGCCAAAUUGUUCCACCACAGGUCCGAGGAAAAGCGUCGGAUUCCCCAGGAUGCUACGGAGUAGGCAAAGGAAGUCAUCCGUGUUGCACAAAACGUGAUUUUCCACUUUGUAUGUCAUUCUCGCUCAUACCUUUACUCAGGGAAUGUAACUACCCCACAGAAGUCCAUAUUAGGUCCAGGAUGGUGGAGUAUAAAACACCAUAUGCUGGAAAUUUUUCAUCGAGAAAACUGUUGUGUUUGACAACCAUGAUUCCGCUGGACCAGAAGUGGUAAAAGGGGCAGCGCAACUCAUGGAGGUUAACAGCAGUAGAAGGAAUUGUUCAUUUUCCAGUUCCUCAUUUGUAUUAAUUUUAUUCUCAUUCAUUCUAUGUUUGAUGACUUACACAAGUCGUCAUUCGAUACUUUUGUAACACUUAUUAUGAUCUUCAGAAAUUGCUGUUUCCAUAUGUAUUUUUAGGGAAGGAUACGGAACAGAUCAUCGUCUCGAGGAAAUUUUUUGAUUGUCCAUUUACAGUGUACCAUUAGAUUUUGGAAACACUCUAGAUUAAUACAUGAUGUUUGGUUCGUA